AUGGAUCUAGCUCCUGAAGAACUCCAAUUCCUCAACAUCCACAACAUCUUAACCGAAUCAAUCUCAAUCCCCAAAACUUCCCCUAAAACCUUCUACCUAAUCACCCUAACCCUAAUUUUUCCCCUUUCGUUCGCUAUUCUAGCUCAUUCCCUUUUCACACAUCCCUUACUUUCCCAUCUUCAAUCUCCUUUCACUGAUCCCUCACAAACCUCUCAUGAUUGGACUCUCCUCCUCGUUUUUCAAUUCUUUUACCUCAUUUUCCUCUUCGCUUUCUCUCUCCUCUCCACCGCUGCUGUUGUUUUCACCGUUGCUUCACUCUAUACAUCUAAGCCGGUCUCUUUUUCUUCCACUAUGUCCGCUAUUCCCAAAGUUUUUAAGAGAUUGUUCAUUACUUUCUUAUGGGUUACUCUUCUUAUGACUCUUUAUAAUACCAUCUUUGUUUUCUCUUUGGUUCUUCUUAUUAUUGCCGCGGAUACGGAUAAUACGUUUUUGUUGUUUUUCUCUAUUAUUGUGAUUCUCUUGCUGUUUGUUGUUGCUCAUGUUUACAUUACUGCAUUGUGGCAUUUGGCUAGUGUGGUUUCUGUUUUGGAACCUGUUUAUGGUUUUGCUGCUAUGAAGAAGAGUUAUGAGUUGUUGAAGGGGAGGGUUAGGUAUGCUGCGGUUUUGGUUUGUGGCUAUUUGUUUAUCUGUGGGCUUAUUGCUGGGGUGUUUAGUGCCGUGGUGGUUCAUGGCGGGGAUGGUUAUGGUGUUUUUGCUAGGAUUGUUAUUGGUGGCUUCUUGGUUGGUGUGCUUGUUAUUGUCAAUUUGGUUGGGUUGUUGGUGCAGAGUGUGUUCUACUAUGUUUGUAAAAGUUAUCAUCAUCAAGGGAUUGAUAAGAGUGCUUUGCAUGAUCAUCUUGGUGGCUAUCUCGGAGAGUAUGUGCCUCUUAAGAGCAGUAUCCAAAUGGAAAAUUUGGAUGUAUGA